AUGGCGACUGACAAACAGAAGAACGCGCUGGCCGUGGCCGCCUGUGCUGUGGCACUCGCUGGUCUGGCUGUGUGGGCACGCAGCAAGCAACAGCAGCGCACGCGUCUGUUGCGCAAGCAGCUGACAAACCUGCGCUUCGACCUGAGUGUGGCGGAGAUUGAGGCCGAGACUAAGCGAAUCCUGGCGCAGAUGAAGCGCGUGGACGACGAGAUCGCGGCGCUGGCGCCGUCCGCCGUAACAUUUGAGAACACAGCGCAGAAGCUCGUCGAUCUGGACCACGAGAUGCUCAGCCGUGUGACCAACGUGACGUUCCUCGGACAGGUGGCGGCCGACAAGGAGACGCGAGAUGCCUGCACCAAGGCGGACGAGGCCAUCGAGGACUUCUCCGUGCAGCGCAGUAUGCGCGCGGACGUGUACAAGGCCAUUAACACGCUCUACAAGAGUGCCGCCUAUCAGAAACUUGAUGCAGUCACACAGCGCUACGUGCACCGUCUGGUUCAGGACUUUGAACGCAACGGACUGCAGUUGCCGGAGGAGAAGCAGAAGGAGGUGCAGGCCUGGAAGCAGAAGCUGUCCAAGCUCGGUAUCCAGUUCCAGCAGAACCUCUCGGAGGAGACAGUUGAAGUCACGUUCUCGCAUGACGAGGUGAAGGGACUCAGCGACGAUUUUAUCGCUGCGUUGGAGAAGGGCGACGACGGCAAGUACAAGAUCGCUCUCUCCUACCCGACAGUGUUCCCGAUCCUCAACACGUGCACUGUGGAGUCGACUCGCAAGGCCGUAGAGUACGCCUUUAACCGCCGCUGUAUCGCUACGAACGUUGCUAUCCUCGAGGAAAUGCUGGAGAUCCGUCACAAGGUGGCACUGGCUCUGGGAUACGAGAACCACGCUGCGUAUGUUCUGGAGCAAAGGAUGGCCGAAACUCCAGCGAACGUGAAGAAAUUCUUGAACGAUCUGGACAAUAAACUUGUGCCGCUUGCCAAGAAAGACUUGGACGACUUGUUGAAGCUGAAGGAGGCCGACUGUGAGCGCAACGGAUGGAAGUUUGACGGCAAGAUCAACAUGUGGGACUUCCGCUUCUACAUGGACCAAUACGUCAAGAAACAUUGCUCCAUCGACUCGGAAAAGCUUCGUGAGUACUUCCCGCUUACCCACGUGACGGCAGAAUUGCUGUCCAUGUACCAGGAACUGCUGAGUCUCAAAUUUGUGGAGAUUUCGCAGCCUCACGUGUGGCACAAGGAUGUCCGCAUGUUCGCAGUCUACGAUGCUCGUCCGGGUAAAGAAGGCAGCCUUGUGGGUCACUUCUACCUGGAUUUAUUCCCUCGCGCUGGCAAAUAUGGCCACGCUGCCUGCUUCACGCUGCAACAGAGCUGCACCAACUCUGCUGGUGUCCGAGAGUACCCUGCUGCCGCCAUGGUGGCCAACUUCAACGCCCCGACCAAGUCCAAGCCGUCGCUGCUGGGCCACCAGGAGGUCGUCACGUACUUCCACGAGUUCGGCCACGUGAUGCACUGCCUGUGCUCGGAAGUGGACAUCCCCCGCUUCGCUGGAACACGUGUGGAGCGCGACUUUGUGGAAGCCCCGAGUCAGAUGCUGGAGAACUGGUGCUGGGAGAAGGAACCGCUGCAGCGUCUGUCCUCGCACUACGAGACUGGCCAGAAACUCUCGGACGACCUGAUCGCUCGCCUGAUCUCGACGAAGAACGUCAACACUGGCCUACUGAACAAGCGCCAGCUACUCUUUGCCAUCUUUGACCAGACCAUCCACUCCAAGCCCAAGUCGAACACGGCGCAGCUCCUCAAGCAGCUGCAGACUGAGAUCAUGCUCAUCGACAUGACGCCCGAGACGAACUUUGCAGCGUCCUUCGGCCACUUGGCUGGCGGCUACGAUGCCCAGUACUAUGGCUACAUGUGGAGCGAAGUCUUCUCCAUGGAUAUGUUCGUGUCUCGGUUCAAGAAGGAGGGACUUAUGAACCCCAAGACGGGACUGGCGUACCGUGAGCUCAUCCUGGCGCGCGGUGGCUCUGUGGAUGCGAGCGUCAUGCUCAAGGACUUCUUGGGCCGAGCGCCCAACCAGGACGCGUUCCUGCUCAGCAAGGGACUCAAGGUUGACGCCUCCAGUUGA